UUCAGCCUCAUGGAGGAACUGGAAACAGGACAGGGGGAAAAGAAGAGCAGGGACGUCCUGCACCUGCCUUACACAGGGCCAGCAGGGGCUCAUCCAUUUUACAUUCUCCAUCAGAAUGCCGUUGUGGGAGAACAACAAUGCAUAUGCCGACCUCGGUGACAGGCACAGCCGCUGCGAUGCCAGGGAGUGCCUUUGUCCCCAAGGCAGGGAGCACAGAGAGGAACGGGGGCCCUGGCAACUGCUCCUGUGCCGCUCCUGCGCUGCCGAGGGCACCCACAGAGGCUGCUGUGGCUUGAGGACCAGCGGGGCCCUCUGGGAGUGUGACAGCUGUGCUGGCCUGGGCACUGCCUCCAGUGCCAGCUCAGAGCUCGCUGGCCCCAGCACUGCCAGCCAGGCAGCACCAGGGCCGUCUCUUGGAUCUCCAGCACCAGAGACCGGCAGCCUCAGCACCACCAGCCAGGCAGGACCAGGCCCAUCCCACAGCUCCCUGGCACUGGAGACCAGCAGCCCCAGCACAGGCAGCCAGGAAGCAUCGGGACUCUCCUCUGGAGCCCCAGCACUGGAGACCAGCGGCCCCAGCCCGGACAGCCAGGCAGCAUCGGAGCCAACUGAUGGCUCCUUGGGACUAGACACCGGCAGCCCCAGCACAGCCAUCCAGGUGGAACUGGGGCCAUCCCACAGCUCCGUGGAACUGGAAAAUGGCAGUCCCAGCACCGCCAACCAGCUGCCAUUAAGGUCUUCCCACGGUUCCCCAGAGCUUGAGAACGGAGGACGUUCCAGAUCCAUUGGGCCCGUGCGAACACAAGGCCGCUCCCGCUUGCAACGUCAGGCACAAAAUCCAUACAGCCGGCCCAGACGUCGCCGUGGGACCAGCCGUGGGCCAUCCCCGCGUGCUGAGAGCAGCACCCCCAGCCACGAGGUGCAGGGGCCAUCCGUCUCCCUGGUACCUGAGACCAGCAGCCCCGGCACCACCAGCCAAGAGGCAUCAGGGCCUUCCCCGAGGUCGGUGGAACUGGAAAAUGGCAGUCCCAGCACCACCAGCCAGCUGCCAUCAGGAUCUUGCCACGGUUCCCCAGAGCCUGAGAAUGGAGAACGUUCCAGAUCCAUUGGGCCCGUGAGAACAAGACACCGUUCCCGGUUGCAACAUCGGGCCCAAAAUCCAUACAGCCGGGCCAGAAGACACCGUGAGAGGAGCGGCACACCAGCACCAAGUGCUGAGAGCAGCACGCACGGCCAGGUGGUUCUGGGGCCAUCACACCUGUCCGCAAUACCUGAGUCCAGCAGCCCCAGCCCUGCCAGCCUGGAGGCGCUGGGGCUGUCCCAGAGCUCCCUGGCAGAGGAAACCAGCAGCCCCAGCCCCACCAGCCAGCUGCCAUUGGGGUCUGCCGGCACCUCCCCAGAGCUUGAGAGCAACGGACGCUCCAGCCCCCCGGGGCCUGUGCGAACACGAGGCCGCUGCCGCUUGCAGCGUCGGGCACAAAAUCCGUACAACCGGGCCAGUUGUCGCCGUGGGACCAGCCGUGGGCCAUCCCCGAGUGCUGAGAGCAGCACCCCCAGCCACGAGGUGCAGGGGCCAUCCGUCUCCCUGGUACCUGAGACCAGCAGCCCCGGCACCACCAGCCAAGAGGCAUCAGGGCCUUCCCCGAGGUCGGUGGAACUGGAAAAUGGCAGCCCCAGCCCCACCAGCCAGCUCCCAUUGGGGUCUGCCGGCACCUGCCCAGAGCUUGAGAGCAACGGACGCUCCAGCCCCCCGGGGCCUGUGCGAACACGAGGCCGCUCCCGCUUGCAGCGUCGGGCACAAAACCCUUACAGCCGGCCCAGAAGACACCGUGGGACCAGCCGUGGGCCGUCCGCGAGUGGUCAGAGCAGCACCCCCAGGCAGGAAGUGCAGAGGCCAUCUGCCUCCCUGGUACCUGAGACCAGCAGCCCCAGCACUGCUAGCCAGGAGGCAUUGGGGCCAUCCCAGAGCUCCAUGGAAGUGGAAACCAGCAGCCCCAGCACUGACAGCCAGGAGUCUUCGGGGUCUUCCAGUAGCUCCACAGAGCAGGAGAGUGGCCAACGCUCCCAGUCCCCUGGGCCUGUGCGAACACGAGGCCGCUCCCGCUUGCAGCGUCGGGCACAAAAUCCUUACAGCCGGCCCCGACGACGCCGGCAGCGUUGCCCGACGGAGCUGGCGUUGCUCCAGCAGCUGCAGGGCAGCACCCGGAUGUCCUGGGCUGGACUCCGCAGCAAACCAGAACUGGAUUCAGAGAUGCAGCGUCUGGAACCGGGCCUUGGAUCACAGAAUGGACAUCCAGACCGAUCAACAAGGAUCUUCCAUGCCAUCGGCAUCAUGCUUCGUAUUUGGAGACUCGCCAUCUGA